AUGGCGAUCAAAAGACAUAUCCGAAAUCUACUUGCGCAGGCGGGCCUGCCAGUAGGCCAAGUGGAGAAGACCGCAUACCAACAGGGAGACUAUUCGGUCUGGGAAGUCGUCGACGAUUCUACCAUCGAGGGCCCCGAGGACAGUCCUUAUCAAUGGGCCCAGAUAGAAAUAAGGUCUCCAAUUAAGGCCAACACCCAAGCGUCUCUCGAUGAGGUCCAGAAAGUAUGCGAUCUCUUAAAAGCCAGCUAUCACAUUGAGACUAAUCAGUCCACGGGUCUACAUGUGCAUGUUGGCAGAGGAAGUAAUAGUUUUGAACAUCAACAGAUCAGGAACUUAAUCGCCUUUUACUGGGUAUUUGAAGAACAAAUCAAAACUGCGCUCGGCCAGUUCCGUUCCCAGAGUACCAUGGCCCAGUUCUCUCGCGACAAUUCACGCUACGCGCACAAAUACUGGCAAAACAACGCUCACCACACCAAGGCCGAGAAUGUCACUGCAUGGAUCGCAGAUCAAGCUAACCCAUACCGGGACACUGACAAAUAUACCUCUCUGAACCUUACUGGUGUCAGGGAGGAAGCCAACCAACCCGGCCGUGCAGAUAGUAAACCAACAGUUGAAUUCCGAUCACACGAAGGAUCCAUCGAAGGAGUGCGUGUCAUAAACUGGAUCAAAGCUGUCGUCGGCAUGGUA